AUGUUCUCCAAGCUCAACAGCCUCCUCACCACGGCGCUGGCGCUCGUUCCGGUGGCUACUUUUGCCGCUGUCAUUCCAGAGAUGACGAUGGAUGAGCGCUAUCUCGUCCGCCGUGAUCUCAACGUUGGCCAGGGCACCCGUUAUGGAGCGGGAUGCACAGAGGAGGACUGCUGGCAGGGUGGUGCUUGUGCUUUCACCGACUAUACCCUGCCCGCCAGCGUCGAUGGCUCGACUUGUGUCUCCGAGGCGAUCUGGAAUAGCUCGGCACAGUGUGGUGGAUGUAUCUCUGUCUCGUACAAGGGCAAGAAGAUCACGGUCAUGGUCACGAACAAGACUGGUGGCGACAAGAACCACCUCGACAUGACCCCCGAUACCUGGCAGAAACUCACCGGCAUCGCUCCAGGCGGUGGGUCCGGGGGCGUAGACGGUAUCCAGUGGGAGUUCGUCCAGUGCCCAAUCACCAAUCCCCUUCACAUCCACGUCCACGGCGGAGGCUCUCGAUACUGGCCUGCGGCCACUGUCGAGAACGGCAGUCGUCGCACAACAAAGCUCGAAUUCUCCGACGACCAAGGCCAGUCCUGGGUGCAGACUACGCGUAACACGAACAACUAUUUUGCGGCUCCUAGCGCACUCAAAUCCAGCAGUGUCUGGGUAAGGGUCACGAGCUAUACCGGCACUACCGUUGUCGUCAAGAAUGUGGAUCUCACCAGCGGUAAGGUGACGGUCGGGACGGCCAACUAUGUUUAG